UUUUAUUAUGUAUAUUCCAAUCAAUGGAGUGGCAGACAAGGGAAGCAAAGAGCAGAGACAGAGAGAGAGAUUGAGAGAUUGAGUACCUGGAGGUUAUGGCAUGGAAGAUCACCCGCCGAUCUGCCAAGGUCGGCGGGCAAGGGCGGUGGCGGCGAUAGCCCUAAUCACGCUAUCACCGAUCAUCCUCCCUCUCAUCUGCUUCUCCUUCCCCAUCCUCUGUAUCGCCUUCGUCUGCGCGCGAUUGAGGCGGCACGAGAAGCAGAGCCCAACGGUGGUAGUGCUCCGCGGAGAAGACGUGAGGCGGUGCGAGGAGGGGAUGGCCGGCGUAGGACUACUGGAUCGGUAUCUCGACGACCAGCUCGGCCUCGUCGUCUCCGUCUUCGACUGCGCCGAUGAUCGAUCCGGAGCUUCAGAGAUCCUUUGAAGCGCUUGCUCUCUCUUCGAUCUCGUUGUAAAA